CGCAGCCGCCCGGUCAGCGCAGUACGUGUAGUACCACGGGAGGACCGACCCCUCGGGUGAGGGUGGAGCGCCUAGGCCCUACAGCGCUUGGUCGACCAGGCGGAGGGGCCGUCUCCCCCUCCGCGGCGGGAGCGGAGUGCAGCGGCCCGGGGAGGGGGCGGGGAGGAUGACUUCAUGCCGCCGGAGCGCCGUGAAUUUAGGAGCAGCAGCUGCCGCCGCCGCCGCCGGCGGGAUGUGGGGGUGAAGUGAGAGCGGGAGCUGCCACCGACUGAGCGAGGGGCAGCGCCAGGCACCCCUCUCCGACGAUCCAGGGCUCUGGGCCACCACGAGCAGCUGCUGCGGGAAGGAAGGAGGGAAGGAGUAAAGGAAGAUGCGCUGAGCCGGUCGCUGGAAAGUAGAUAUACUGAAGACUUGACUGCUGUGAAAACAGAAGAUUGCCAGCUGUGCCAUAUGCAUGUCAUCUAGUAGCAUGAAGAGAACCUCUUGUGUACUGCUAUGUGGAUAUUGGUUAGCAAUGACUGAUGUGGAAUCUACAUAUGCAGACUUUAUUGCUUCAGGAAGAACGGGUAGACGAAAUGCAUUGCAUGACAUACUUGUGUCCUCUCCGGGUGGCAACUCUAGUGAACUAGCCUUAAAGUUGUCAGAGCUUGACAUAAACAAAGCAGCUCACCCUGGUCAAAGGCAACCGAGUUUCCCGGGUUUCGGCACCAUUUGUCAGAGACCAGCUCUUUCCAGGACGAUGAAGGACAGGCGGACCACUGCUCUUAGGAAGGAGAAGGAGAUGCACAACGAAAUCCAAGUGAGCAAACUGGGGAGGCACAAGGGGAGGCAGCAAAACAAGAAAGCUGACAUCCAACUUUGACCGACCGGAGCAGCUGCUGGAUGUUUUCAGAUUAUGAGAGCAUGCUGGAACAAGUUUGUUUCCAUGAGCAAGCUGAUGGAAAAGAAAGCGUAUGUGUCUUCACUGCUGGAACCCACUCAUCACAAUGCUAAAAAGGGGGGUACAAGCUGUGGCAGAAGACAGAAUUUUCUCUACCUCUGUCAUUAGCAAUGGUUGAACGUGUAUUGAUUUCUUUGGGAUAGUGUCAUCAGAUGGAUCCCUUCGUAAUGACUGCUUGGUGGGAACACUUAGAAAGUAGAACAGGUAAAACUUGUAGCAAAUGGCCUUUGAAACGUCACAGGAUCUAAUUGUGUAUCUUAGGCAAAGGCUUGUGUGAUCCUCCGAGUUUAAGGUUCUCUGGCCAAAGUGUUCACCCAUUGAAAGAACUGUAAAGCAAGCCCUGUUUUUAGAACUCUGCAUCUGUUUUACAGCUCUGUUACUGACAAUGGUUUUUUUGUAUUGUACAAUUUAGAUGCUCCACACUGCCCCUUCUCAACUGCUUAUGAAGAAUAUUUCUGUUACUGUGAAUUUUUCUACCACGCGUUUUGAAAGGGCUGUUUUUGUGCAUAAUGUGGUGAUGUGCACAUGAUAGAUCUAAAACAUCAACCGCUAAAUUGAUUAUGCCUAAACCUAAAUGACUCAGCAACACUCUUAAUUUGUUACUAGAUGAGCCUUCAAAACAAUUUGUUAAUGUGAAUACUUCAGCGUGUUUUGUCCUUGGUACAGUUUUGCCACUUGCCUGUAGUUAGUUGCAUAUCAGAGACUCAAAUUGAAUCUUUUAUGUUAUUCUUCCCCAUUUUUCUAAUUUUACACCCAAUUUCUUAAUCUUCUCUGAGAUAUUUUUUUAAAAUGUUAUUCCAACUAUUUUAUUGUUAUGGUAGUUGUAAAAAUACAUUUAUAACCAUAUAUGGUUUAAAAUUCAAACAAAUUCCACGGUGCUAGAGAUUUUCCUGGUUCACGUUGUUAAAGACGGGCCUUGUUUACACACAAGAAAAUAACUGACACAGGUCUUUGCCAAUUAGGUAUUCUGGAAUGGGUUUUAGAUUGCAGGGUCAUGGUCUGGAUCCAGCCAGGAGGACUAUUGUUUUUUUCUCUUCCUCACCUUUGCCUCAGUUGAUCAGGCCAUUGAGUUUGCACAGCUGGUAGCCUGUUACUGAUGCACCAAGGUACAACCAAGUGCCAGAAGCUGCUACAGCAGCCUUUUGGCCAGAGGGUGGAAAGGGAAGUGAGAGACUUGGCAUCUAGCACCCAAAAGCCUGGGUUUUUCCUACUUCAGCUAUUCCAAAAUGACAGUCCAAACUGGACCUCUGUUGAAAUACCAGGAUAGUUUGUCCAUCCAGGGGAUUACUUAAAAUAUCUCCAAAUGAAUAACCUAUUCUGCAGUUGCUGUGCUGGUUGAUUUCCUUCCCCUCAUCUUGCCCCAACAGACAAGGCCCUACGGGAGGCUGAAUACUACAAAACGGGGCAGCCCCACCUCUGUCUGACUAAGGUGAGUAAAGAGAGGGACUGACUGUAGUAAACCAUGGCAAUCACAUAAGCACCAAUCAGAGAGUCAGAAGAUUUCUUUUGUUAACAGGAGGUGAUAUCACUUUCUCUCUAUAUAGUAUAUAUAGUAUAUAUAUUUUUGUGGUGGUGUUGGUUUCAAAUGUUAUGCACUUUUUAAUGUUUGUAAACUUUUACUAAUGAAUAGUGUGAUUGCUUCCUGAAUAUAUUAAUCAUCGGUUAACAAAACAUCUUUGUAGCCACAGCUGUUCGUUUCUACCAUAUGUAUCAUAGUACUUGUCACCAGAAAUUCUUUUGUGAGAUAUGUGAAGAUAGAAACAAAACAAAACACUUCUGAUCAGUAUUAUGAGCUCAUUUAUUAGUGUUAAUAAAAAACAAGCCAGCAGUAUGCUUGUGGCUCAUUAGUGUAAUAUUAACUCUCACUUUUUAUUGUUUGGAAGCUGAAUGCCUUGCUGUCUUAUUAGCUGUCAAAUGCCCUAUCUUCUUGGUAACAGAAGUAGUCCAUUUGCUAUGAAAAUACUAUUAUCCUUAAACUAAUUAUUUAUUUGUUUGUUUCACUUGCUAUUCCUUUCAAAGUUAACAUAUUAUUAUUGUUAUUGUUUUGUUUUGGUUUUUUCCCCCUUCACUCUUGCAUCAAGUGUUCAAGCUAAAGUGGUUGCCCCUUUGUCCUGGAAUAGCUACUGUCAAUGUAGCACAAAUACCAGAAGGAAAUAAGAUGCUAGGGAUUUUUGUAGUGUUACUUUGAUGAUGUUUCAUGGAUCAUCAAUAAUGUUGUGGAAAAAGGUAGUACUGGAAUAAGUAAUUACACGACAUUAAAAUGUUGGUUUUCAUUGUUUUCCUUCACUGCUUUUCUGAAUUUGAAUACACUUUCCUUAAUUUCUUCUAUGUUAUGAAAUAAAAUUCAUUUCAGCCUCU